UACACAGCUACAGAGCGGAGGAGGGAGGGAGCAUCCUAACAUCUAUCAGGCCAUUAGACACCAUCCUGAAUGGAGUAAAGUUAUCAACUGUUUGUCUGGACUGGACCUACGCUAUUCCCAAGAAGACACCAGUACAGUAGGCCUGACUUCAAAACCUCUGCACAACCCUCUCAGAUUUCCUGUACGUGAAACCCUCAGAAGUGUGAAGCUUUUUCUGCUCUUCCAGGGAAACACCCUGGGUAACGUGUCCACAGGUCUGGAUCUGCUCCAAAAGGGUCUCACAAACAGCUCCUGGGGCAUCCAGAAAGGGGGAAUCAGUUAAUCUGGUACUCUUUGAAUUAGACUCAUCAUGGGACAUACUGAACAUGACGACAAGCACCAGAAGAGAGAAGCAAGUAAACAUUCCAAUGAGUCCUGCUGCUAUAGUAGUGACUGACUAGUUUUCUCUGAACCAUGGAGAAGACCGGGUCGAUGCUAGCCUCUUUAACCAAUCGCAUAGAGGCCAACCUCACAACCAGCCUAUGGGGACUUAAUCCCACAGUCCCUGCCGAGGUAGGAGUUGUCACCAGCUCCCAGUCUCAGAUCAAGGAUCUGAUUGGGUUGUUUUCAAUGGUGACCCUAAACCUCAUCGCCCUAUUGGCCAACACUGGAGUCAUGGUGGCCAUUGCCCGAGCCCCACACCUAAAGAGGUUUGCCUUUGUCUGCCACUUGUGUGCCGUGGACCUGCUGUGUGCCAUCCUCUUAAUGCCACUAGGGAUCAUCUCCAACUCACCCUUCUUUGGCACUGUGGUGUUCACCGUGUUGGAGUGCCAGGUCUACAUCUUCCUCAAUGUGUUCCUCAUCUGUGCCUCCAUCCUCACCAUCACCGCCAUCAGCGUGGAACGCUACUACUACAUCGUCCACCCCAUGCGCUACGAGAUGAGGAUGAGCAUCAACCUAGUCAUUGGUGUCAUGCUCUUCAUUUGGGUCAAGUCCAUCUUGCUGGCCCUGGUCACCCUUUUUGGCUGGCCUGCCUACGGGGCACACAGCUCCAUCGCUGCCAACCACUGCUCCCUCCACUGGAGCCACAGUCGGCUCCGGAAGGUGUUUGCUGUGCUCUUCAGCACUGUGUGUUUCCUGUUACCCGCCCUGGUCAUAUUCACCGUCUACUGUAAGGUAUACAAGGUGGCGCGCUUGGCUGCCCUGCAGCUCGCACCCCUGCCCACCACCUGGGCCUCUUCUGACCAGGACAAACGCACCAACCGCUCUGACUCCAUCAACAGCCAGACCACCAUCAUCACCAGCCGUAGCCUGCCCCAGAGACUGUCUCCAGAAAGGGCCUUCAGCGGGGGUAAAGCCGCCCUCACCCUGGUUGUCAUUAUCGGUCAGUUCCUGCUCUGCUGGCUGCCUUAUUUCUCCUUCCACCUUCACCUUUCCUUCAGCUCGUCUCUGCAGAGCCCCGGGGACGUAGAGGAGGCGGUCACCUGGCUGGCCUACUCCUCCUUUGCUGUCAACCCUUUCUUCUACGGCCUGCUCAACAGGCAGAUCAGGGAAGAGCUCAUCAAGUUCCGGCGCUGCUGCUCGUCCAGGCCGGUGGAGCUGGGUGCCUCCAGCCAUGAGGGCUCCCUGCAGGAGAACUUCCUGCAGUUCAUUCAGAGAACCAACAGCUCAGCCAACACACGCUCCAGCUGUGCCAACUCUAGCCGCAGGAACACCCUGGACCAGGGGGACAGGAUCCCAGGACAGAUACCAGAAGAACAUGGCUGAAGUCAGAUAAAUGUGUACGACAUAUUCACUUCAGUAUAGACUAUUAAUAUUAACAGACCUCUCCACCUGUGAUGACCAGGAAAACUCUGGGGCCUAAUUAUAACCUUUAGGGCACUUUUUCUGGUCAGGUCACAUGGUUAGUAAAGACUUGAGGCCUAUUCAUAAGAUCUACUUCUUAUGCCUCUGAUUAAGUGUUUGUUAUUUAUUUUUAUGGAUGUAUUCAGGUUCGGUCUUUAAAAUAAGACCAUAGAGUUGUUGUUUUAACAGUAAAUAUUAAUUUAAUAGUGACAGAUUAUAUAAUUUUUACUCUUUAAUAUU